AUGAGCGUCGAGGCGAACGAGCUCCUCGACGCCUUUAAGGCGGCCGCGCUCUCGGUUACCAAGCUCUAUAAGACUUCGGCUGCGGCACAGAACAAGGCGCGCAGCGAGGGCUACCAGGAAUGCUUGGAAGAGCUACUUGGCUUUCUCGACAGGGAAAACAUCGGUCUUCGGGAUGGAGAGGGUCAGCGGAUAAGGAGAUGGGUGAUGGAACGGCUGGAUGGCCGGGAGAUGAGUAGUCCUCCUCCUGAGAGUGAUGAUGAGGUCGAGAAGCCGGAGCCUGCUCCGAUGGUGUCGCCGCAAAUGCAGCGCAUUGUUCCCUCCCCGACUUCCGCAGCCUCCUCCGCACAGCGGCCCGAGGACGCUAUGCGGGAUGAUUCUUCUCUGCCUACUCUUACAGAUGCUUCCACAAAUCCGGCCGUGGAAGAGGUUGAGUUCGUCGUCCCGACACAAGAGACUUUUACCUUCCAGUCCUCGCAUCCCUAUCCGCACGACGCUGCGUUGCGGCUUGCCAACCUCGACCUGUCCGACUCGAAUAACCGCUCGACCGCGUCGCGGAGCGCUGCGCGAAACCGGCAAGUCAGACAACCGUCAGCAUCAUCGAGGACAUCACUCGGGCGCGGGGCAGGGCAAAAACGCAAGGUUAACUUGGCCGAGAUCUUCGACCUCGGCAGUCUUGAUUACGGGGACGGCAAGGGCGUAUUUGGGAGCUGGGGGAAUAAUAAAAGGACUCGGCUUUCAUGA